UCUUAAUUCACAACAUUACAUUUCCACUCUUCAUCCCAGCAAUGCUGCAUCCAUUUUUCUCAAAUUGUCUUGUCGUAUACACCAGACUCUUAAAUUCAUCAUCCGCCCUCGCACGGGGCUUUUCACGUUCUGGUUAAACCGGAUUGCAGCAUCUCGCAGCCCAGCUUUCCUCGAUGAUCACCACGACCGACUCUUUUGACGUCGUGCAGGUACGGUGACCGGGCCGUCAGAGUCAUCAAUCUCCAUCAAAUCCGACAUCUCUCUUCUAUCCGCGAGACCAUGGCACCGAAGCGCAAGGCCGCGAACAAAGCCCGGAAAGAGCGGCCAACCAAGAAGCGUGCCGCUUCUCCUGCGCCGCCAGAAGAAUCACCCACCGCUACACCAGAGAUUAUUGAGCCAAAGCUUCCUUUCAAGAUUGAAGAUGGACAGCCUCUACCAACCGUCGAAGCGGCGCAGCUGGAGGAUCUUUCGGCAAAGGAAUAUCAAUCUAUAAUGGAGAGCGGUGUUUUGGCCGCGUCUUUGCAGCGAUCACGGCAUAAAUGGCUGGCUGAGGGCAUAUUCGAACGUUACUGGGUCAAACCAACCAAAAAGAAGAACCAGGCUGAGAUCAAGAACCCGCCAAAGGAGAGCAUGUUCAGACUUGGGCAUGUUACUGUUACCAUCGAGCCACAUGUCUUUGAGGCCACUUUGCAUGGUGUCAAGGAUCCAAAUCCCCGUGUUCCGCCGCCACCGUCUCCAGCGCAAGCAAUGCAGAGACCCAUUAUUCAGUACGGUCCAGCGCCCCCGAAUGCGCCGCAAACACCACAAGGUCCACCAGCACACCAGCCGCAGCAAACCCCACAAGUUCAGCAUCCUACACCAGGAUCGACACAACAUCUGCCACCGCCAGCAUCUCAAGCGUCGCAAACUCCAUCGCAACCUGCACCUCUACAAACUCCUCACCCUGCGCCGCAGCCAACACCUGCUACACCGCAUCAACCCUCUGUGCAGUCGCCUCAAACACAAGCGCCAGCUGGAGCACAAGCACAACCUCCACCACAAUCUCAGACCCCAAGCCAGCCCCAACCUCAACCUCAACCUCAACCUCAGCCUCAACCUCAACCUCAGCCUCAACCUCAGCCUCAACCUCAACCUCAGCCUCAACCUCAAGUACGACCACAGCUCCAACCGCAAACACCACAACCGCAACAGCAACAGCAAGCUCCGCAGGGUGCGCACCCGCAGGCACAACAUCCACUACCACAUCCCCAAUCACAGCAUGCACCACCACCACCACCGCAGCCGCAACAACAACAGCAGCAGCAGCAGCAGCAGCAACACCCACCUCCACCACACGCACCGGCAUAUAUGGCUCAAGCUCCAAGGGCUGCUCCUCGUGCGACCCCCGUACACCAUUCUGCAUCACAGCCUAGUGCGCAUCCUCAUCCGCCUCAUACCCCUUCUUCUCAGGUCAAUGGAACACAUCCUCGCCCCGGCCGGCCUUCAGCCACCCCCAGCACCGCUCCGAGCUCAUCUUCGCACGCCCCCCCUCGGCCAAGUCCGGAUCCAGUUAUCCAGAUGCUUGCCACCCGAGCUGCCACUGACCAUGGGCUCAAGGCUCUCAUGAGGAUCGUCGCGUCCGGAGAAGCAUCGCAUGAGCAGCUAAAGAUCUUUCAAGGCCACAUUGAUGAACUCACCGCCAUCAUCAAAUCUCGACGCACUGAACCGCCCCCGCAACCCUCACCAAGACCGGCCCCUGCUCCAAGUGCUCCUCGUCCCCAUCAGCAACCGCAUCCUUCUCAUCUACAGCAUGCACGCCCGACCCCGAGCCCCGCUACGACUUACUCCCGCCCUACUUCCAUGGCUGGAUCUACCCCGGUGAAAACGGAACAAUUUGCUCCAGCGUAUGCGCCCUCACCACCGGUUCACCGGCCUAGAGGAGGUACAGCGCACGCAAGGCCCGAAGUCAGCGCCGUUGUCUUUGAAUUCACCGCCGGAUCCUCGGAUCGCUUCCUUUUCCCCAAACACAGUAUUCUAGAGUACAUGCCGGGCGGCACUCAGGUCAUUGCUUCUUUUCUCGUAGUUCGAAAGGGUAAUGUUAGCCAGUCCGACUCAUACGACGCCAAUAUUGAGUAUUAUCAACCUGUGACUAUUCGCUUAACCGCAUCAAAUCCGAGAAUAUUGGAGCCGCUGUCCCGAGUGGUGGCAACCCCAGAUGAGACGCGGAAGUAUAUGGAUGAAAUUAUGGAUAAGACGACCAGAGCUGAAUCUGUUUACUUGGCCAUGCGUUUGCCUAGAGAUCCAGAGGACAUUGGCAAGGAAGAGGAGGACGUACCCCCGGUCAAGGAGCCGCUUGAAGAUGAGUGGGAGUGGUUAACGAGUUCGCUCAGCGGGCCUCGUUAUGGUACUUCAAAGAGAAACGCAUUUCCACAUGAUCGCGCGUCGGCAGAGCCAUGGGGAUCUCCCGGGCCAUUUGGAGAAGGCAAAUCAUCAAGAGGAUCGCGGCGACAGGCCGAUCCAAACAAAUCUUGUUAUAUUUGCCAUACAUCUGUCACGUCUCUUUGGCGCAAGGCCGAUAUUGAUGGGCAGAGCGUUAGUGUUUGCAAUGCGUGUGGCAUCAAGUGGAAAACUACUUCUGCCCGUAUACAGGAUCCUACACAGUCGCAGACCUCGCCUCCCACGAAGAAGGCUACUGAGGGAGUGCCAAAAGUAGAGUCACCUGCACCUGCGACACACCCGCCGCUCGUGCAACCGUCACCAGCUCCAGCAGGACCUGCGCCUGCAGCUUCUGCAGAUACCUCUCAAGCAACAGCCGAAAAAUCCGCUGACCUUGGUCUUGGUGAUCAAAAGCCUGUGGCUCAGGAUGCCGAUGCUCAGAAACCUGAUGCACAGGAAUCAAAGGCUCAGGAGCCAGAACAGCAGGGACCUGGAAAUGAUGGGACAAAUGCGCAGGGACCAAAGCCUCAAGAAUCUGAACAACAAGAAUCUAGUAAAGUUGAAACAGACGCACAGGGAGCAGAGCCUCCCGUGCCUGGACAGCAAGAACUCGGUAGUGCCGGGGUAGAUGCACAAGGACCAGAUUCUCAGGAUGCUAAUAAGCCGAAAUCUGAUAGCCCUAGAAAAGAUACACAGGAAACCGGUUCUCAAAAUUCUGAUACUCAUGCGAUUGCAAAUAAGGAGGCUCCUACUGAAAAGCCAGACGAAGAAAUGGUUGAUGCGGAAGUCCCCAAGGAGGAGACUGUGGAUGGCGCGGCAUGAGCCAAUUGAUUCUGCAACAUCAUUACAAUAAAAUUACAUUGCUUACAGCUUUUGAUGCAUUGGCAGCAGGCGUCGGUAUGCUUAUCGGCUCAACGCAUCAGUCGAGGUGGUCAUUUGUUUAUUAUAUAUCCUUCGCUGGCGCAUUCUCGGUGCUCAGUGCUAUAUUUAAAACUCUAUAGCUUCUGGAUUUUAGGGAAUAUCAUAGUGACUGGAGCUGGUCGCAUCGUCAGAUUACCUGUAGGGUCGUUUUACAAGUCGCUAAAAUCAAAUUUGUAUUAUAGUUAUACCAUCAAAGCA